UUAUUUCACAGCAAAUGAGGCUUCACUAGACAAGCAUUAAAAGUGAAGAUUUAGUACACAUGCACGACACAAUUGCUCUGCACCUCCGUUCUCAUCAAACAAGUAGCUCAAGGUAAAAGUCGGAAGCACAAUCGUGCCGUAAAGCUUGCGGCAAAAUCGGAAGUAGUUGGCGCCUUCAGUAACCUAACUACUGUAGUUAACUACUUAAAAUAGUAGUUUAACUGGUAGUUGCCACUACAUUUCUGCAAGUAGUUGAUAACUACUUUUUAACUAGAAUCAGGUAGUUUAACUAGUAGUUUAACUACAUGUAGUUAACUACUGGCCAUCACUGCAAAUGCGCCCAGAGGAACGACACUGCGCCAUCCUGGUUGACGAAAUGCAGUUGACACCCGGCUUAGAUUUCGACCCCACGGAGAAGGCCAUAAUAGGACAGGCAACUGCACCACUCUCGAGACACACUGCUAAAGACCCGUGCUUGGCGUCACACGGACUCGUCGUCAUGCUGGCUGGCCUGUCAUCCAGGUGGAAACAAGUGAUGGCGUACCACUUUUCAGGAGACUCUGUUGAUGGAUCCUUCCUGAAGGAUUUCAUCUUCGAAGUCAUCAAGAAGUGUGAGGCUGUUGGAGCUCAGGUUGAUGCUGUCAUCUCCGACAUGGGUCCCAGCAACAAAGCCCUAUGGAAACUUUGUGGGAUCGGGGCUACUAGGGCUUCUGGAGCAAGUGUUUCUUGCAGCCACCCAUACAACGUGGAGCGGAGGUUGUACUUCCUUGCUGAUCCUCCACACAUUCUCAAGAAUCACCGUGGCCAUCUUGUGAGAGGUCAAUGCAUUCGUCUCCCCCCGGAUGUUGUCAAGGCACAGAAUCUCCCAUGUGAUCAGGUGUCAGUGCGCCACAUCAGGAAAGUCGCAGAAAUUGAUGCUGACCAUGAGUUGAAACUUGCGCCCCACCUUAAGCUGAGAUAUCUAGAUCCGAGCCACUAUGAAAAGAUGAAUGUGUCGUCUGCUGUGGCAGUUCUCAACCAUGCUGUCGCUGCUGCCAUCAGGGUUCUGGUGGACAAGUGGUUCUGCCUCAUGUCAUCGAGGUCAGUUUCGACAGGUCUGAGCCACUUCAAGGAGAACAAGCACCAAGAUGCUGUGGACUUCCUUGACGGAUUUGCACGCUUAAUGUCGACGGCGGGCAUCAUGGUCUCAUCUGUGAGUGCAGUGCAGCUGCAGGAGUUUUUCUUGAAGAAGCAGAAGUUCAAUAUUUUUGCCCCAAGCCGUAAAGGAAGCUACCAGAUCAGUGACCGCUCCGACCUGUUGGAAUUUGUGGAGCUGACAAGAGGGCUUUCGCAAGAGGACAGCCACGGCACACAAGGCGAUGCUACAAGUGCGGAGGCUGAGCUGCUGGAUGCUACAUGGGAUGAGAGCAUAGUCACUCGACAGCACUGA